UGCCUCUACUUGUGCUCAAAUUUCUGUAGAAUGGCAUUUCAGAUUUCCACUAAAUAUAAAUUGCCUAUUCCUGACCUCAGACGGUAUGCAUGGAGCAUGUCGUUUAUUACCGGAGAUGUCGUUAAGAGCAAGAUAGUUUUGAGUAUAUCCGAGUCUUUAAAAUACGCUUACCAUUGUUUGCCUGUAUAUGCGUGUUGAAUAGCUGUCACGUUCGUGAUACACCUGUUCCCUGCAAUGACAGCAACGUCUUUCGAAGCGAUGAUGUCCAACAGGACUGUCGAAAUGGCUGGAAGAUAAGAUGUGACAUUGUCAGAUAUACGGGAACAAUUAUUCAGGAGUAACCCAACAACCGGAUUGUUUAUGUGGGAAUUUAUGUUAAUUAAUUUGCUUCAGCUCUUGUAGACAUUGGAAUGCAUUGCUCACAGAUUGCGUAAUGUUGCAGACUACAGCAUAGUCUCUAUUUUCUUCUCAAGUAAAACAGCUUGACCUUGAGAUGUCAUUUGUUGAUCAGCAUCAUAUUCAAUCAUUAAUGGAGGAAAUACUGGCUCACUUGUGGAUGGAAACUUUGCCAAAUGUUCACCUGACUUUGCCCUUCAAGCGAUUGUCAUACGCUGAAGCUAUAGACAAGUAUGGAAGUGAUAAACCUAACACCACAUUUGAAUGGAAGAUAGUUGAUCUGACUUCUCUGCUGUUUAACAAGCAAAAUUGUGAUUCUGUGGUUCGUGCAUUUGUUAUCCCCUUUGGAAAUGUAUUUAUAACCGACUUUAUUGCCCAGAAAGAAAUUACUGAUUUUCUCAAAGAGCACGAAAUAGGAAUUGAAGAUCUCAAAGAUGAGACACUGGGCUUCUCUGUAAUGGAAGUUGCUGCCAAUGACAAGUGGAAUUGCUUAACAAAACAAAGAGCAUGGUGUGACAUGGAUGACAAUGUAUGUCAAAUUGUCAACGUUUCAUUGCAACUUCAACAGGGAGAUGUUGUAUUCCUGGCUCAAGGAUUGAGAAACUCAGCUGCUUAUGUUUUGGGUCAGCUGCGAUUGCUAUUUGCUGAUGUAGCAGAACGUAACAACUAUCCAUUGGAAAGGAAUCAUUGUUAUAACUUCAUGUGGGUCACUGACUUUCCAUUGUUCAUCGAGUCAGAAGGAGGCUAUGAUUGCCAUCACCAUCCUUUCACUGCUCCUUUGCCACAACACAUUGAUAUGGUAUAUUCUGAUCCUCUCAAGGCUCAUGGUCAGCAUUUUGAUUUAGUAUUAAAUGGUGUAGAGAUUGGGGGAGGGUCAAUGAGAGUACACGAUUCUUCAUUGCAAGAGUAUAUUCUCCAUAAAGUUCUCAAGGUUGAUAUUCAUCCAUUUGACCAUUUGCUACGAGCGCUGCAUUGUGGAUGUCCUCCACAUGGUGGAAUAGCACUUGGUUUAGAUCGUUUGAUUGCUCUCAUGACCAAGGCAUCAAGCAUUCGCGAUGUUAUUGCAUUCCCUAAGGUGUCAUUGGGGAGAGAUUUACUGACCAGGGCACCUUCAGAACUGUGAUACCUCUUGAUGUCAUUGUGAUGUAAUGAUAUAUACUGCCAAUUGAACUUGUUUGAUUUCACUGCAGACAGUUCUUAGCUGCUAAAUAUUUACAUAGAUUAAAUGCAUAUG